AUGGAUUCGCCGCUUUCACCGGUUUCACAAUCCACAACAUCUGAGGCACCGCCUUCGGUCUUUCAGAAUGAAGAUGACUCUUCCAUGAUGGAAGAAUCCAUUAACAUAAUGGAUUCAAGCCGAUCCCUGGGCACUGCUUCCUAUUCAGCUGAAGCAACUCCUUCCAUGAAUCGAUUGGUGGACAACCUAAAUGAUGUGGACCAUCAAUUUGACCAGCUCAUCAAUGAACAAUUGAAACAAAGAGUCAGUUACAAUUCUCAGGCUACCAAUCAAGAUAGUGAUGUGGGAAGUUUGCGAGAUGAAUUGAACGGAGCUCGAAUGGCAUCUUACUCCGAUUCCGUGCAAGUCGAGACUGUGGAUGAAGCAUCCUGUCAUGAAUCUGGUGUGAUGCAAACGAGUCUUCGGCGGAUGCCAUCUGGUACGGAUUCGAGUCUUGGGGACAUUCAAGAAGAACAAAAUGAGCUACCCUCCUGGGCAGCACCAACAACGGCACAGCCCUCCUGGACACCAACUGCGCAACCAGAACAAGCACCUGCAGUAGAAACAGUGGAUGAAGCUUCCUGCCAUGAAACCGGUUUGUUUAGUUCCGAUCGCCGACGUUCCACAGAUUCUAGCUUCAACCUUGGUGGUAUACAGGAAGAGUACCAAGAGCAGUUUGAUCCAUCUAUUUACAAAAAGAAGGCACAACCGGAUGACGAUGGAUACGAUACCGCAAGCAGUGCUGGAUUUUCCAAUUCGCAAGGCAUGGGUCCUGCUACCCAACCGCAAUGGGACAAUCUCCAAAGCACUCUUGACCAACAUACGGAUCAAGUAAGGAGCUCCCCGUAUUAUAGCACGCCGUCGGGACGACCCAGGGAACGACCCCCCAGCGAAAACUAUGAUCCAGAUACUGAAUCACUGAGAAGAGAGUUGGACGGUGCCGCCUUGGAGCCUCUCAACGCCAACAGCGCCACUUCUGCCCUUCAUGAUGUGGAAAAUCCACGGCGGGCGAGUGGAUAUUGGCAAGGAGGUAGUAAAGAUUAUGAUGAAGACUACGAGGACGAACUCAUAGAUGUUUCACUGAGCGGAAGAAAUGCUCAAUCCAAUGACGUGAACAACAAGAAAAAAUCCAACAAUAAGUCUUCCACGGAACAACUCUCCAACUUUGUCGGCAAUGAUUCCAAAUAUCAGCUAAUGGUCCGAUUACUUGGUGGUUGUAUAGUCUGCAUGGCGAUUUGGACCUUGGCCAUGAUUAUUAUCCUUUUCACAUGA